AUGGCGAGUGUAUCUUCUGCUCAUAGGGGACGCGCAUCAAGCAUCUCCAUGAAGCCAACUUAUUAUCACUACCCAAUACCGCCAGCUUCAGCGAGCCCAACUGUGUCCUCUUUCACGCAAUCACUUCCAUAUCGACAGUCAAGUCAAAGAGAUAACAACGAGCAAGCUGCCAAUACCAAGUCUAGGAGAAGAUGUAGCUCGCUUUGUGAAAGGUUUCCAGGUGAUAUGUCCCAUCGGCCACUAGACUUAUUACGCAAAGAGACGAAGGCCGCGAAUCGCUCUCCCCAUCUCAAAAAAAUGCACAUCCCUGGUGCUGACACCAUUGAUUCGCUCGACAGAUCUGCAUUUGGUCAGUCGUACCAUCAUAGCGGGCCGUACGACGCAACCCUUCUAGCAAGAAACAGAAGCAGGCAAUACGCACCUGUUGAAGCUCUACAGACUAGUAAUAAUGAAGCACUGAAAGCCACACCAAAAGAGUUCAUCAAGGCUGCAUUGGAAAGACAUAUUCCCCUGCAGGGGACCGCCACAAUCCCACCCGGAAUGCCAGGAUAUGAUGGAAAAGUUAUGAAGUACCAAGAGGGUGCCGACUUGAUGAGGGAGUAUGACGCUGAAGGGGGAGCUUACAGAAGAUGGGCUAAUGUGAAAUACCAUUCCGAUGAUCUUAAGGGCAAGGGCGAGCCCUCUUACACCAUUGAGAAGACCCUAAAAAAGCAUAAAAGCGAACACAAGCCGAGGCGAACAGUUUCUGCGAAUCCAAACAGUUACGAAUUAAUGCCGCUGAGGCAUCCAACCUAUCACCAACGAAGUACCAGUGGCUCAAAUCCACGCAACCAUGAAUCUAGACCCGCGUGGGAUCUCACCGCAAACCCCGAGAAUCACGUAAGCCGCAGGAGGGGUUUAUCUACUGGCCAAUGGGUUAGCGAUGGUUUGAGGAGGCGGUUCGAAAGCCUCGCUCGAGGAAAAAAGGCCUCAAACGCAGUAUACUAG